AUGUUAAUGAUAGAUGACCCACUGGGAAUAGCCGUUGAUAUUGGCUAUAGAACGACUGCGUCUGCUGUUUUGAUUGCACGCGACCGCAUUGUUCAGGAACAACUACUGCCAGGAUAUGAUUUCAAUUUCACGGUGCUGUUUGAUCAAUGUGAUGAGAAGACUGGAGCGGGACUCGCAGUCACUCUCAUUCGUGAUUAUAAAAUAGAUGCUAUCUUAGGACCGACGUGCAGCUACCCUGCCAUCGCAGCAGCCAUCAAUGCCGCCUACUACAACAUCCCGAUACUCGUCUGGGGAUUGAGCACUUCAUCUCAGCUCAACGACGUGGAGCGCUUCCCCACUGGUGGAAUAAUCUCUGUGAAUUCCUUCAGUGUUGGAAUUGCCCUUAGUACAGUGCUGCAGUCUUUUGAAUGGAACGAAUUCGCAUUUAUUUAUUCGCUAGACGGAGAUCGCCAAAAAUGCGACAUUAUGAAAACAGACAUACAGAAUGCCAUUUCAAAGACUGACGAUAUGGAAAUUACCAUGACAGCAGAGAUACCAGGUGUGACAGAAGCGGCUAUUCAGAGAACAUUGAAGAAUGUCAGUGCUCGCGCCAGAAUCAUCUCCGUUUGCCUACCAGAGGGAAACGGUAACAAGAGACAAUUCAUCUUGGCGGCAAAGGAUGGAGGUUACUUGAAUGCGGAAUAUGUGUACAUCUUCACCGACACAAAUUCAAAAGGAUAUUCUGUGCAAAUGAGAGAUGGGACGACGGUUUCGGUGUGGGAAGACGUCGCCCAGUUGAAGGAUGGUCGUGAUCAAGAAGCUAAAGAAGCGUUCCAGAUGACGUUGAGUAUCUCGGAUGCCGGUGCUUACGCUGGUCAACUUCACGACGCGAUGUACGUAUAUGCUCGAGCGUUGAACGCUACGUUGAUGGCUAACCCACUGACAUCAGUUCGUGAUGGAGAUCAAAUUAUGGGACAUAUCGGGAUGCAAUUUGAAGGAAUUUCCGGAGAUGUUAUAAUGGGAGUGAACGGCUCCCGUAAACCAGUCAUCUACUUUGAUGGCUUAGAUAAGAAUGCAGAAGAAGCGCUGUACGCAACAAUCUUGGUGGAUGAAACUCUUGGAAAUUACGAGCGCCAGUAUACAAAUGAGGCUGACAUCUGGUGGGCAUGGGGAGGAAAACGACCGCUAGCAGUUCCCAUUUGUGGGUUUAGUGGAAAUCAGUGUCCCGUAAAUUUUGUUAGUGAAUAUCUAUUGUGGAUAAUCAUUGCUGGUGUCAUUGUGCUGUGCGCAAUAAUUGGUGCUAUCGCCGGGAUAUAUUACUCAAUUCGAGCAAAAAAGAGCGAGAUCGAACGUCUAAAUAAAAUGUGGCAAAUACCGUUUAGCUCCCUUGAAAGCGCUACCAAGAAGAAAGGUGAAGCAAGCCAUCGCUCCCUGCAAAGUGGGCCAAGUACAACAUCAACGAGAGUGACAUUCGAGAGUAGAGCGGAAACGCGGAACUUUACUUUCUACUAUCACCAGAAAGAACAAGUAGCGGCUAUGAAACACGAAACAAAGUCAAGAGUGGAGCCAGAAGAUUACCCAGUACUGAGAAAGUUGCGUGAACUGGAACAUGACAAUCUCAACCGCUUUAUUGGCCUGUGUUUGGAUGGUCCUCAGUUAUUGUCAAUCUGGAAAUUCUGUUCACGUGGAAGCCUAAAUGACGUCAUCGUGAAGGGGUCGCUGACGAUGGAUAGUUUCUUCAUAUUUUCACUGUUGAAGGAUAUAGCAAAUGGGCUCUCCUUCAUACACAGAUCCUUUCUCCACUGCCACGGAUUUCUAACUUCAUUAUGUUGUCUGGUAGAUGAUCGCUGGCAAGUGAAGAUAUCGAAUUACGGUCUUGCUACUAUAAGGGUCCUCGAUAAAAGGAGUGCUAAAGAUCUGCUCUGGACUGCGCCUGAGCUGCUGCGGAGAUCUGAAUCAGAAGUUACGCAAGAAAGUGAUGUCUAUAGCUUUGCUAUUAUAUGUGCUCAGCUUGUAACACGAACAACGCCGUGGGACUUGAAUAACAGAAAGGAGGACGCAGAAGAAAUUAUUUACAUGGUCAAGAAAGGAGGACAUAUGCCUGCACGUCCGCACUUGAUAGUGGACUCUGAAGCUGAGAUCAAUCCGGCACUGCUUCACCUAAUUCGCGACUGUUGGACAGAGCGGCCUUCAGAAAGGCCUUCGAUAGACAUGGUUAGAUCACAUCUGAAGAGUAUGAACCAGCACAGAAGCGACAACCUCAUGGAUCACGUCUUCAAUAUGCUGGAAACAUAUGCUUCAAAUCUUGAAGCGGAGGUCGAGGACAGGACCAAAGAACUGUCAGAAGAAAAGAAGAAAAGUGACAUUUUGCUCUAUAGGAUGCUCCCAAAGCAAGUCGCUGAUAAGCUGAAGUUAGGGCAGUCUGUUGAACCGGAAACAUUUGACACAGUUACUGUUUUCUUCUCGGAUGUGGUUUCCUUCACAAAAAUUGCCAGCAGAUGCUCUCCAUUACAGGUAGUAAACCUACUGAACGACCUGUAUACUGUCUUCGAUGGGAUCAUUGAUGCUCACGAUGUUUACAAGGUGGAAACAAUCGGCGAUGGUUACCUAUGUGUGAGCGGUUUACCUCACAGAAAUGGUCAGGAGCAUGUCAAGGAAAUAUGCAGCAUGUCCCUUGCAUUUAUGAAAAGUCUUACCAAUUUCAAAAUUCCGCAUCUACCGCAAGAGAGAAUCAAUUUGAGGAUUGGAGCUCAUACAGGUUCCGUUGUGGCUGGUGUAGUCGGCUUAACAAUGCCAAGAUACUGCUUAUUUGGUGAUACUGUCAACACAGCUAGCAGGAUGGAAAGCAACGGCAAACCUGGAAUGAUACAUCUGUCUGCGGACGCAAACCAGCUAUUGCAAAUUGUGGGAGGAUUCAUGACAGAAUCAAGAGGAGAAGUGAUAAUCAAGGGGAAAGGUGUGAUGGAGACUUUUUGGUUGCUUGGAAACGCAGAAGGUUUCAUACGUCCACCUAACUCAUAUGUGAUGAGAAAAGAAGAUUCAGAAGUCAGAGACGACAUGAAACCCGUCCAACAAGAAACCGCUACUUUAGAGUCCGAAGGAAUUUACUCCGAAUUCAGAAGAAAUGGAGCACUUGCAUAG